AUGAUCCACGAUCCGGGAGGAGGAGGGCCAUCUACAUCAUUUGGCUCUCGAUUCGAGUGGUUAAACAACGACGAAAUCGAUAAUAACGACACACCUAAGGUCCAGAGACAAAAAACAAAAAAACGACUGGCAAAUCGAGAAGCCACGAACGAGACGCAGUUCACCAAAUAUCUUAGGAUAGAUGGAAAAAAUAAUGGCCCCAGAUAUCUAAUUCUUUCGCGGGUAGAUCCAGACACAAGUAUGAAAAACGUUUCCCCUUUUUUCAUAAAGAAGGCGAUUUAUGCAAUUACUCCGAAUGUGAGGAUCACUAGAAUACAAGACGGAACACUUCUGCUGCAAACGGUGGACAAACAACAGGCAGAUAAAUUAUUAAAGCAAAGUUUAUUAGGAAACCAGAUAAAAAUUAAAAUUACCGAUCACCCCACACUGAAUACUACGAAAGGAACAAUCAGCUGCUACGACCUUAAAUUCCUAACGGACAAGGAAAUUCUAGAAGGAUUGAGUGACUCCCAUGUCGUGGGGAUCCAGCGAAUAAAACGAAAGAACAGUAAUAAAGAAUUGGAAGAUACUUCAGUAUUUGUACUGACCUUCAAUUUAAGCUAUUUACCAGAUUCAAUCGAUGUCGGUUUCUACCCAUGCAGAGUAAGACAAUAUGUUCCAACACCGAUUAGAUGCAUGAACUGCCUUAAGUUUGGACACAAAAAAGAUCGUUGCCGUGGAAAUAGGAUCUGCGCCAACUGUGCUGAGCUCUACCACGAUGAAACUAAGUGUAAACAAGAAGAAAGAUGUGCUAACUGUCGUGGCUCUCAUUCCGCAUUAAGCAGAGAGUGCCCUGUUUUCAUGGAUGAAUUCGAAAUCCAACGAAUUCGAGUCACUGAUCGCGUUAACAUGAAAGAUGCGAGAAGAAAACGAAGGCUCCAGGCCCCUGCCGUAUUCGUUCCCCAGCUGAACCAAAGCUUCUCCGAGGUCGUGAGGCACCGCUCCAAUGAUAUGAACGUUCAAAGCUUCAAGCAGCCCCAGUCACAAAAUAUCCCGGACCAAACACUCCAUCAUCAUAAGAAACAAUCACCUGGAACAACACCACCAUCAGGAUUACAUGAAAAUCAAGAGACGCAGAUACGAAGUCCUACAGACAGAAACAACCAGCUACAUCAGCCGAUCACAAGUAACACGAUCGACAACUACAGCGACCAGCCGAUCCAACAAAAUGAGAAGACCCCGAAGCAACAAAUACAACCCCAACCCAACAAGCAAUCAGACGGAACAACACUACGACCAGAGAUAAGACAAGAGACGACAACAACAAUAGCAAUGAGGUGCGAAACGGACAGCGACGAUCAGCUAUACCAACCGAUUUCGAAUACAACUAAUGGACCCAUCAGCAUCGGCGAAGGUAUACAACAAGCGCGCCGCCAGAGAACGGACACGGCCGGAGAAGUGUGA